CCUGCAGGGGGGACUCCGGGGGAGGGGGCGCCGAGCCCGCGGCGCGCAGUGUCCCGUGAACUGUGAGUACUGCGACUGCACGGCGGCCAGCGAGCGGGCGAUUAGCACCCAUUGCAUGAAUUAUGAAACAAUAACUUUCGGAAGAAGCUGGAGGAAAAAAAGAAAAGAAGAAGGAGGAGGAUCUGUCGCUGGUUUCCCCCUGGCCGACUCUCCACGCUGCUCCUGCCCCCUCCCUUCUCUCCCACUCGCUUCUUCCUCUCCCGGAGAGGGGAGAGGGCUGGGAGGAGGGCUGGCGACCGGCCCCGGAGGAGGGGGGGCGCCGAGGGGGCUGUGAUCAGAAGGAGCAGUAGCAGCAGCAGCACGAGAAGAUGCUGAGGAUGCGGACCACGGGGUGGGCGCGCGCCUGGUGCCUGGGCUGCUGCCUCCUCUUGCCGCUCUCGCUCAGCCUGGCGGCCGCCAAGCAGCUCCUCCGGUACCGGCUGGCCGAGGAGGGCCCCGCGGACGUCCGCCUCGGCAACGUGGCCUCGGACCUGGGCAUCGUGACGGGCUCGGGCGAGGUGACUUUCAGCCUGGAGUCGGGCUCCGAGUACCUGAAGAUCGACAACCUCACGGGCGAGCUGAGCACGAGCGAGCGGCGCAUUGACCGCGAGAAGCUGCCCCAGUGUCAGAUGAUCUUCGACGAGAACGAGUGCUUCCUGGACUUCGAGGUGUCGGUGAUCGGGCCCUCGCAGAGCUGGGUGGACCUGUUCGAGGGUCGCGUCAUCGUGCUGGACAUCAACGACAACACGCCCACCUUCCCGUCGCCCGUGCUCACCCUCACGGUGGAGGAGAACCGGCCGGUGGGCACCCUGUACCUGCUGCCCACCGCCACCGACCGCGACUUCGGUCGCAACGGCAUCGAGCGCCUGGACGAGACGUCGGGCUGGCUCAGCGUCCUGCACCGCAUCGACCGCGAGGAAGUGAACCAGCUGCGCUUCACCGUCAUGGCCCGCGACCGCGGGCAGCCCCCCAAGACGGACAAGGCCACCGUGGUCCUCCUCAUCAAGGACGAGAACGACAACGUGCCGUCCAUUGAGAUCCGGAAGAUCGGGCGCAUCCCGCUCAAGGACGGGGUGGCCAACGUGGCCGAGGACGUGCUGGUGGACACCCCCAUCGCCCUGGUGCAGGUGUCCGACCGGGACCAAGGGGAGAACGGGGUGGUCACCUGCACGGUGGUGGGGGACGUGCCCUUCCAGCUCAAGCCGGCCAGCGACACGGAGGGCGACCAGAACAAGAAGAAGUACUUCCUGCACACCUCGGCCCCCCUGGACUACGAGGCCACCCGGGAGUUCAACGUGGUCAUCGUGGCGGUGGACUCGGGCAGCCCCAGCCUCUCCAGCAACAACUCGCUGGUGGUCAAGGUGGGAGACACCAACGACAACCCGCCCGUGUUCGACCAGUCGGUGGUGGAGGUCUACUUCCCGGAGAACAACAUCCCCGGGGCGAGGGUGGCCACCGUGCUGGCCACCGACGCUGACAGCGGGAAGAACGCGGAGAUCGCGUACUCGCUGGACUCCUCCGUGAUGGGGGUGUUCGCCAUCGACCCCGACUCCGGGGACAUCCUGGUCAACACGGUGCUGGACCGCGAGCAGACGGACAGGUACGAGUUUAAAGUGAACGCCAGAGACAAGGGCGUCCCGGUGCUGCAGGGCAGCACCACGGUGAUCGUGCAGGUGGCCGACAAGAACGACAACGACCCCAAGUUCAUGCAGGACGUCUUUACCUUCUACGUGAAGGAGAACUUGCAGCCCAACAGCCCCGUGGGGAUGGUCACGGUGAUGGAUGCCGACAAGGGGCGCAACGCAGAGAUGAGCCUCUACAUAGAGGAGAACAGCAACAUUUUUUCCAUUGAGAACGACACGGGGACCAUCUACUCCACCGUGUCUUUCGACCGGGAGCAUCAGACCACCUACACAUUCCGAGUCAAGGCUGUGGACGGAGGCGAUCCUCCCAGAUCAGCCACGGCCACCGUCUCUCUCUUUGUUAUGGAUGAGAAUGACAAUGCCCCCACGGUGACCCUGCCCAGAAACCUGUCCUACACUUUGCUGCCGCCUUCGAGUAAUGUCAGGACAGUGGUAGCCACGGUGUUGGCCACAGACAGUGAUGAUGGCAUCAAUGCAGACCUGAACUACAGCAUUGUGGGAGGGAAUCCCUUCAAGCUCUUUGAGAUUGAUUCCACCAGUGGUGUGGUUUCCUUAGUGGGGAAGCUCACCCAAAAGCAUUAUGGCUUGCACAGGCUGGUGGUGCAAGUGAAUGACAGUGGGCAGCCUUCCCAAUCCACCACAGCGCUGGUGCAUGUGUUUGUCAAUGAAAGUGUCUCCAACGCAACUGUGAUCGACUCCCAGAUAGCCAGGAGUUUGCACACCCCUCUCACCCAGGACAUAGCCGGUGACCCAAGCUAUGAAAUUAGCAAGCAGAGACUCAGUAUUGUCAUUGGGGUGGUGGCUGGGAUUAUGACCGUGAUUCUCAUCAUCUUAAUUGUAGUGAUGGCAAGAUACUGCCGGUCCAAGAAUAAGAAUGGCUAUGAGGCUGGCAAAAAAGAUCACGAAGACUUUUUUACACCCCAACAGCACGACAAAUCUAAAAAGCCUAAAAAGGACAAGAAAAACAAAAAAUCCAAGCAGCCUCUCUACAGCAGCAUUGUCACCGUGGAAGCUUCUAAGCCAAAUGGACAGAGGUACGACAGUGUCAACGAGAAGCUGUCAGAGAGCCCCAGCAUGGGCCGGUACCGAUCUGUCAAUGGUGGGCCUGGCAGUCCUGACCUGGCCAGGCAUUACAAAUCUAGUUCCCCAUUGCCCACUGUCCAGCUUCACCCCCAGUCACCAACUGCAGGGAAAAAACACCAGGCCGUACAAGACCUACCACCAGCCAACACAUUUGUGGGAGCAGGAGACAACAUUUCAAUUGGAUCAGAUCACUGCUCUGAAUACAGCUGUCAAACCAAUAACAAGUACAGCAAACAGCCAUUUCGUAGAGUGACGUUUUCUGUUGUGAGUCAGCCUCAGGACCCACAUCAGGGGUCACUGCAGAGUUGCUAUGACAGCGGGCUGGAGGAGUCAGAAACACCAAGCAGUAAGAGUUCAUCAGGGCCAAGACUGGGUGCCCUUCCACUCCCAGAGGACAACUAUGAGAGGACCACGCCGGAUGGCAGUGUUGGUGAGGCAGAGCAUAUGGAAAAUGAUUCAAGACCUCUUCCAGAUGUAGCCCUGACUGGGAAGUGCACCCGUGAGUGUGACGAGUACGGCCACUCGGACUCCUGCUGGAUGCCGGUCCGCACCUCCCCGGAGAGGAAGAAGAGCCAGCCCAAACUGUCCACCUUCAUGCCUGUGGAUGAACGAGGGAGCCAGGAGAAGCUGGCCAAUGGCGAGGCCGCCCUCAUGGGUGACCGCAACAGAAACCUCCUGAACAAAAAGUUGACCUCAUCCUAUGAGACCUUCAGCGCAGCUAGUUUCAGCAAGAAUGAGGAAGCCAACCCUGAGGAUAUCCCCCUCACCAAAACAGGGGAGUACAAGCCAUCUCCUGUCAGCACUCUCACUAGAAGAGAAGUGUACCUGUAGGCGCUGAGAAAGCCACAGCAGAGUUCUCUUCACAGGAGGAGAACGAGGGGCAAGGAACCUACCUUACAGAGCAAAAGCGGUUCAUUAGAAAAAGGGGGCUACCAAAGAGACAAAGCUCUGCGCGCCACUCCCGCCUCCAGACCAGGCCUCUAGGGGUACUGUUAGCCUGAUCGUAAUGUACAAUGUAGAAACCAUCCUUGUGACUUGCAUGUCUGACCCCCUCACUGAUUCCCAGCACCUGCUCACCCUCUUCCCACCACCCUCCAAAAAAGAAAAAAGAAAAAAAAAAAAGAUGGUUGCAAGUUUCUUCAUUGGUAAUAAGCCUGAUUAGCAGAACACAACACACUCCCAUCAUCCCUAAGCGCAAGCAUGAUUUUAGUCACUUUGAUUUCGUUCAGCUGUCAUCUGACUGGUCAAAAGAGGUAGAAGAAGUCAAAUAUAUAUUUUAAACAUAGUAUCUGAAUCGGAUUGAUCAUUGGGAAAGGCAGUCUCUCAAAAAUGAUCGAGUCCCACUAAAGGCACAGUCUUCUAAACGGGGCUCUCUAAGAAGCACGUUUGGAAAAUCACGACUUUAAUAUUCCAUCAAAGACUGAGAGCGAAACAACACCCAGUCAGAGAGUGCAGUCCCAAAGUUGGCCUAGGUAGUUCUUUUCAAGCCAGGAACGUCAACUUCAGUUCCAUACCUUCAUUGGAUAUUCUAAUCAUACACACAGUCUUGACCACAUGUGUCAAUUACACUAAUUAUAAUUUGUAAACAUUAUAGGUAUAUUUUUCAGAAAAGCAUCACUAAUAUCAAGGAACUGGAACAAUUGUGUCAUUAAAAGGCCAAAGAUCGUACAGCAGAUCAGGGAAUUCAUGAAGUAGAUUUGGUCGUGACUUGGAAAUCCAUUAAGCAACAAAAGCAACCGAACCCAUUCUUGCACAGAAACGCUCAAACACUCGUUUAUUUUACAUUGUCUCCAGCCCCAGAAAACAUGCAUUUUCUUUCUAAAAUGGAUUUUCUUUGAAAGUUCAAAAGUGAAAAUUAAUGAGACGUAUUUUUGGUAUUAUCAUAGGCAAUUAGUUGAAAUUCAGGUUUAGUUUCAAAAGACACUAUCAGGGAAGAUUCUACUUCUUAAAAUCAUGUUUGUUGGUAAGGAGUGAAAGAAAGAUACAUUGGCAUGCAGGCUGAUGAAUUAAGUUCACUAUUAUCAUUUUGGAAGAUGGGUUAUGCUUGCUGGUCUCAAUUAGCAACAUUUCAAAUUACCAGUUGCUUUUUUUAUGUGUUCAGUGCCCACUUUUAUAUAACAGUGCAUUAAUUUUGAAUCCCGUGCAGUAUCACACUAGUUUGAAAUUGACAGCAUUGAAACAAGACGACACCCUAAUUGACUUUGUCACUAAUGCAAUUUGAACGUCAUUUAAUAUGUGUCUUAAAACAAAUCCAGAUUGCACAUGGAAGAGAUGAGUUCUGGGCAGCACCAUGUCUCACAAUAUGUACAUCUCAAGUUGAAAAAAUAUGCAUUUUUUUCCUCAAUGUAAUAUAAAGACACAGAAUAUGCAGAUUUUUGAGUCACUUGCUGUAUAGAGGAUGAUUUCAUGCAAUUGGAAAUUGAGCUGGGGCAUUCAGACAGAAGUGACAAUCUAGGGACAAAAUAGGGGACCACAGGGGAGGAGAACUAAGUCCCCAUCACUGAAUGUCUGUAACCUGGUGAAGGCAUAGCCUUAAUGGCUCUCUAGCAAACUGUAGAAACCACGUAGCUUUGGGCAGUUUCAUGCUGUGCAGAAUUUCUUAGGCUAUAAAGUGAAGCAGCCUGGAAUAUAGGUUGUUAAUUCACUAUAGGUCAUCAAAAUGCUUAUCUUUGAAAAUCACUUCUCUGUUUGGUGGGGUGUUCUUUUGGGGCUCAUUUUCUUAUGAUUUUUUUAAGUGAAGUUUUUAUUUUGAUGUUAGUUUGUGUAUAAUAGGAUGAAAGAGGAUGUGUAAUUGAAACAAAAAAACAUUGGACUAAAAUAUCAAUAAUUGAACAUGUUCAUGUUGAUUAUUCUUUACAUUAUGGAGAGAUGCAAUUCUAGUAAUUUGUUAGGAAACUGCAUCAAAGCAGUUCUGCCUUGUAUAAUCUGUAAGUACCUAUUAAGACAAAAUACUUCUAAAGAUACUUAUGAAAUGUAUACAUAUUUUUCUUGCACGCUACAGGAAAUAAUUGCAUAACACAGGUGUUCAAACUUUUUAAAUGCAUUUUUUUUCUUUCUAUCACAAGACACUUGAAACCAUUAGAUAGCUCAUUUCACUCUAUCUUAAAACCCUUCUGUUGUCUAUAAAGCUAAUACAGGUCAUAUGGACCUUCAGAUUAAUCGGAUUCACAUUCCCCAAUGACAUUUGCACCACAUUCAGGACAGAUAUGUCAUUGUCAUUUAACUCGUGAGCCUCUCUUUAGAACUAAAAUGGGUGUGAAAGAAUAAAAUUCCAUGUACUGUAAGUAUUCGCAGUAAUUCUAGUAGAAUUAGCUAUCAUAACAUGUUUAUUAUACAAUGAGCUGGCAUGACACAGAAAUAUAUUUUGUGUUUGUAUGACUUUUAUUUUGAAUAGGUUAAAUAUGGUGCCACUCCAUAUAUAGAGUGCUUUUGAAAAAAAAAAUUUAAAAAGGAAACAAAAAAUAUAAAUAAAUAAAUGAGUGAAUGCAAAAUAAGCAACUGUGCCUUUUAUACCUGUUGUUAUGGUAAAAAAAAACAAAAAAAACAAAUGGUUGUUGGGUUUGGACAAUGAGGGGAAAUGGGCUAUUCCCAACUUUUUUGAUCCUGUAUAUUUAUCCAUGUUUAUUUUCUGAAAAUAAUAAAUAAUAUAUUAAAAAUUUGCCUUCUGACAAACUCAGAUAAUGGACCAGUCUUAGCUAUCGUUCAUCCAUCCAACAAAAUUAAGACGUUACUAUGGACUGCUUAUUUCUGACGAGAAGGCUAAAGCAUUUAUUGUCAUAGUAACACAGGAAGAUGUUAUCAGGGGUGAAAUCAGUCCAUCCUGCAAGAUAAAAUAUUGAUUUCGAAUUUCUAUUCUUGAUUUCCUUCUUGUUGUUAUUUUUCUGUUAGCUGCUGUUCGGUUUUGGUUAUACAGGAUAUCAACCAUACUUGUUUUCUGUACACAAGGAUCUCAAGUGAACUCUGCAUGCACUAUACAUUAGGACACAUUUAUAAAUUAAUGAGUAACUAUAUAAAUUUAUGUGUUUUAAAACGUCUGUAGCUUCGAUCUGAAACCAUUAUGAACCUCCAGAUAUCAUUUCUGUAUGGUUUGCGACUGGCCUGCUGCCUGAGUUUCAGAACACAAGGGAGGCAUUAUUUUUAUGGAAAGAGGAACUAAGAUGGGACUGACCGUGUCUGGCUGAGACUCACUCUAGAAAGGUGAUUUAUAAGAGAAUAGGAAAGUAAAACACACAGAGCAGAAGAAACUGCCAAGAAUCCAACAGCCAUUCUGAAACAGUCAUGAGAAAUCUCAAGACCUAAGUAGUUUUCCGUAUAUUGUUAUCAGUGAUAAAUGUACAUUGUGUCCUUAAGGGGGACAUAAAACGUGAAGAUGAGCAUGAGUAUCAUGGAGCUGGUCUGUUGUGACCCAGGCAGAGGUGUAUGUAACAUCUGGAGGAAGGGAUCAUUUUCCCAGCUACCUAGGGUUUACUUUCAGAGGACUUUUUCCUACAUUUUAAGCACUUACAUUCAGUGUGGUACGAUCUGUUUGUAAUGUUCACCAUUGACUAUUGUUCUGCUACUUGGAUGUUGAUAGUGAAGCAGAGAACAAUUUAUCAUCGUUUAUUAUGAGUCACUAUGCACGCAACUAUGCUAAACAUGGCGAAAUGUAUUAAAACACUCGUCCAACUAUUUAUGAAAUACUUUACAUAAUUUAAUUUGCUUUUGUACAGUUUUAUGUAAAUAAAUUGCUUGUCAUUUUUGUCUCUGCAAAUUAAAAUAUAACAUGGUCAAAUGGUUUCACA